AGUCGUGAUCUGGAACAUUUUUCGAAGAAAUCUUUACCUUUACAAUUAUAUGACUGAGUUACCCAUAUAAUUAGUGCAACAUAUGAAGCGUCAGAUAUUAAGAAGAAGAAGAGAAUAGAGAUAGGCUAUCAAAAAAGGCAGAAUAAAGGUGGUACUUCCUACUAUUCUUGAUUCAACACAAUGACAGUGACAGUACUUGGAGGCGGCAUCAGUGGAUUGGCAGCCGCUCAUUACCUACGGACCAUCAACCCUUCCUCUAGGAUUGUAGUUCUGGAAGCUUCGCAUAGGUUGGGCGGCUGGAUUGAUUCUACCAAGCACAAUGAUGGUGUUGUGUAUGAAGGAGGACCAAGGACACUUAGAGUGGUUGGUAAUGCAGGAGCCAACACUUUAGCCUUAGCAGAAAGUCUUGGCCUAAGAGAUAAGGUCCGCAGUGUCCGUUAUGGGGAGCCAUCUGCCAAGAACAGGAUGAUUAAAGUCAAUGGGUCAUUACACAAACUACCAAACAGCCUGAAGACAGCACUAACAAAGAUUCCUCCAUUCUCAAAGCCAUUAGCCCUAAGUGCAAUUGGUGAUUUGCGAGCAAAAAAAGUUCUUUCAGAUGAUGAAAGUCUCUUCAGCUUUGUCAACAGGCGUUUUGGCUCAGAUGUUGCAAGAUAUGCAAUUGAUCCUUUAGCAAGGGGUGUCUUUGCUGGUAAUGCUCGAGACCUUAGUGUCAAAGCACUUGCCAAAAGAAUGCACGAAGUUGAACAGAAGCAUGGCUCUGUGCUAAAGGGCUUCUUUAAAGAGAGGAAGAAUGCAGAAAAACCAGACCCUGAGCUGGCAAAGUGUGACCUAGUCCAGCAAGCAAGAAAAGAAAAAUGGGCUGUUUGGUCUCUUCAGGAUGGCUUAGAGACAUUAGUGAAGACCCUUGCAAAGAGUCUUGAACAGGAUGGUGUUGAGAUUAGAAGGAGCACUCCAGUGUUAGGUAUUCAGGGUAGUCAGGGGCAUCUUGUUGUGCAGACAAAUGGUGAAGAAAUACAUAGUGAGAGGGUUAUAUCUUGUCUUCCUGCAAAUCAUUUAAGCCAAGUGGUGAGUGAUCUUGAUACGGACUUAAGCAUUGUACUAGGUAGGAUACCAUUUGUUACAGUAGCUGUUGUAACGCUUGAAUAUACUGGGGACAGACUAAAUGAACAAGCAUUUGGGUAUCUUGUGCCUUCCACAGAACCCAGUAAGGUUCUUGGCGUAAUUUUUGACACAUGCACAUUCUCACAAGGUGACAGAACCAUAUUAACUGUAAUGAUGGGAGGAUAUUGGUUCAAGCAGUAUUUCGGAGAGAGCCCAACACCAGAAAGCUUCUUGGAUGUUGCCCUUAAAGAAGUGGAAUCAGUGCUUAAGAUAAAAGAAGCACCAGUGCGACAUAGUGUCAACAUUCUAAAGGACUGUAUACCACAAUACAUUGUAGGACAUUCUGAGAUGGUCAUCAAUGCAAGGAAAUUGAUUGGACACUCAAAAAUCCCACUGGUAUUGGCAGGGAAUUCAUACGAUGGUGUAGGAGUUAAUGAUGCCAUAAUGAGUGCAAAAAAGGCUGUAUUACAGUAGAAAGAAACAAAUAUAGAUAAAAAAUAAGCUUUGGUGCUUUUCAUUUUCUUUUUUGAUACUGUGCUUUAAUUAAUAUUAGGACAUUCUUCUGUUCCUAAAUUUACACCUGUAUCCAUAAUGACACAGGACUGCUCAUAUAAACAUAUAAUAAGAAUAAAAAGAGUGUUUUUUAUUUGUUAAUUUACAGUUAUGAUUUCAUGAAAAUUUGACAACAAAGGAAUUAAUGAAAUUCAUAUAAUUUUCCCAAAAUAUAAACAAUUUAAUACACUUUGAAGUAACAUUUAAAGAUCCAUCAUUUAUUAUUUUUAAGCUGAAAAAUUCUGCCUAAAAUUUAAUUAUUAGCCACUGAAUAUAGUUUUUCUAGUAUCAGGACUGCUUGAUCUAAUUGUUAUGUUAAACAACUUGCAUAACUAUAAGUGAAUGCCUCUGAAUUUUUUUUUUUUUAGAUAAAGGUAAUUUCACAUCCCACUUACAUUAAAUACUAUACACAAACCUUUAACAUUAUUUCAACUUGUGUUUGAGAAAUCCCUUGAUCAUUAUUUAUAAUCUAUUAGGUUUUUGCUUAUUUAUCAUGAGAACUGCAGUGUUAUAUACAUAUUAUAUUUACAUGUUUACAUUUUUCCCUAUUACAAACCUAUGUCAGAUUUUUUUCAUGAAGUCAUCUUGUAAUGUUCUAUUUACUUGUCUAUCUGUAUAUAUACAUACAUGCAGUAUAUAUUUAUAUUUUUCUUGUAUAUUUGAAAGCAAUAAAAUGUAUGAUAUUUGAUUAUAAAGUGUACUUUUCUAUAUCAC